AUGGCUUGUGCUGCUAAAGCUUAUGUCGCCGGUAUAAAUGAGUUAAUCAAGAGAGAAGAAGGAGAAGUGAUCUUCUUUUAUGAAAACCUGGACAGGGCUGAUAGUGUGAUAGAAGUAAGAGUGAACAAGUGGUUCUCUUUGGGAGCGUCUUCUCUUGUAACUUGGCUACACGCCAAGAUCAAAUUAUUCAUGCAAAAUUCACGCCAAAAGAAAUAUGAAUGCAAGAUUAGCGGACGUCAGCCUAUGGUGCUAAACCUGAAAGAACAGAAAGCACUCGAAACAUAUGAUCCCACCAAGCCUAUCAUCUCAUCGCACUAA